GCUUUAUCACAACGCUGUUACAAAAUCAAAAAGUUAACCUUAUUCGCGUGUUUUAACCAUAGGUUUUAACUGUAGGUGGCAGCCUUACUUCUUAGGGCAUCUGGUCUGCCGGAAACGGAAAAGAAGGAGGAGGAGGAAGAAGAAGAAGAAGAAGAAGAAGAAGAAAAAGGGAGAGAAAAACCGUUGUGCGCACCAUUGCUGUUAGCUUUAGCUUACACAAAGCCGCGGUACAGUACAGUGUGGCAACACAGCUGACUGUGUGCUUGCAUACGUAUGACAACCCACAUAGCAGUAUUGCCUUGUUGUGUUUUUAAAGUUGAGUGUUGACAUUUGUAAAGCUUAAAUCUCCCGUUAGUCGCUCGAAUACUUGCUAACUAUCGUUAGCCAAGUAACUAGUUAGCUAAAACAGCUGGCACGUUUAUCGCCAUUUUGCGCAUUCAACCGCCCAAGACUUUCGCCAGAAGCAAGGUAACGUUAAUCACCACAGACAUGUGGUGGAUUUUGUAGCAUGGCAGAGGCAGACCGACCAGGAAAGCUCUUCAUCGGUGGACUGAACACCGAGACAACCGAGAAGGCCCUGGAGCAGUACUUCAGCAAAUAUGGCAGGAUUGUCGAAGUUCUUCUGAUGAAAGACCGUGAAACAAACAAAUCAAGAGGCUUCGCUUUUGUUACUUUUGAAAGUCCGGCUGAUGCAAAGGAUGCAGCACGCGAGAUGAAUGGAAAGUCGCUUGAUGGUAAGCCUAUCAAAGUGGAGCAAGCAACAAAGCCUCAGUUUGAGAGUGCUGGCAGGCGAGGACCUCCACCUAUGCACUCCCGCAGUCGUGGUCCACCCAGGGGCCCCCGUGGUUCCAGGGGAGGCCCUGGUGGUAUGAGAGGCCCAUCAUCCAGAGACUACUAUGAUAAUUCAGGGAAUGUAGAACCCUUCUUUAAAGGGAUGUCAUCCAGAGGUCCCCCUCCCAUGAAGAGAGGACCCCCAGUUCGUAACGGAGGUCCCCCACCCAAGAGGUCUGCCCCAUCUGGUCCCAUGAGUAGAGCCCCCAUGUCAAGGGACAGGGAUCCCUAUGGUCCACCCCCUCCUCGCAGAGACUCCAUGUCCAGGAGGGAUGAUUAUCCAUCACCAAGAGAUGACCAUUACAACUCCAAAGAUAGCUACUCCAGUCGGGAUUAUAAUUCCAGAGAUUCAAGGGACUAUGGACCUCCUCAAAGAGAUUAUUCAUACAGAGAAUACUCCAGUUCCAGUUCCAGAGAUGACUAUGGCUCAAUGUCAAGAGGAUGCAGUGACCGCGAUGGUUAUGGGGGAGGCCGGGAACCCAGAAGCUAUAUGGACCGUUCAAGUGGUGGCUCCUACAGAGAUUCAUAUGAUGGUUACGGUAACUCUCGCAGCGCCCCACCUUCACGGGGUCCCCCACCAGCCUAUGGUGGGAGCAGUGGAAGCAGUCGUUAUGAUGACUAUGGCAGCAGUUCCCGGGAUGGCUAUGGCAGUCGUGACAGUUACCCCAGCAGUCGGAGUGACCCAUAUCCACCUAGCCGUGGUGAGCGAAUGGGCAGGCAGGAGAGGGGCCCAGCUCCCCCUGUUGAGAGAGGCUACCCUCCUCGUGAUUCGUACAGCAGCUCAAGUCGUGGAGGGCCACGUGGGGGUCGUGGUGGCAAUCGACCCGAUAGAGGGAUGGCUCGCAGCAGAUACUGAACUGGACUUGGAAGUCACAUUUAAAGCCAACAUUGGUCACCGUGCACAGUUAACAAGUAUUUUGGAAGAAAUCUGACAAGACAAACUAGCCAUGUCUAAAUCUGUGGAAUAUGAAGCUUAGCUUUGAAAUGUAUUUUGACUUUACCAGUUUUUUUUUAUGUGUAAGUUUUUUUUUUUUUGUUCUUUUUUUAGUAUUUCUCCUGCUCAUGUAACAGUACAGUUACCAAGUGAGUGUUAGUUUUUGUACAUUCAGUGCUGUUGGAAUCUGCAAUGCCCUAUCAGUCUGGCUUUCCUACUCUAAUAAAGCUUUUAAUUGUACCUUCA